UGAGAGCCUUCGACCAGGAGAACCAUGGAGGAGCUGAGCUCCGCUCCUCCUGCUUCCUGUCUGGAUCUGAAGGAACCCGGAGCAGAAGAGAUCCGCAGUCCUCAGGCGCCGCAGUCCAGGACCCAGCCCGGCAUUAAUCCGGUUCAGCUGCUAAUUAAGUCCCUGAACGAGCUGAUUGCACGGCGGCAGCAGGAGGCCCCUCAUGAGGCCAUGAAGGCUUUGCAUGACUCCUACGAAAAGGAGCGAUCAAAGGUUCUCCCUCCAUGCAGCCUGCAGGCUGGAAGCAAAGCAGCAUGGAGACCUGAACCCUGCAGGGAGCUGAAGGAUGUCUCAGCAGAGCCCAUCAUCUACGCUGAUCUCUGCUCUAAAGGAAAAGGCUGCUCCUCUCUUCAUGCUCCAGAGAGGAGCACAGUCAGCAGCUUCAGCCUGGGAGGUCUGAGGUUCUCCUCGUCUACAGAGAGGAGGCUGCAGAGGAUCACCUCGGAGGUCAACAGGAGGACCCACGUCACCGUAUCAGAGACGGACCGCAGGAUAGCCGCUCUGAUGCUGCUGAAGCAUCAGGAGGAGCAGGAGCGCCUCAGCCGUUCUCGGCAGGAGGAACAGGAGCGUCAGGAAGCCCGCAGGAAGGAGGAGGCCAGGCAGGCCCAAGCAGGAGACAAACGCAGGAGGAGGCUUAAGCAGAGGAGGAAGCACUGGAACAAAGAGCUGGAGGCCCGCAGGACGAGGAGGCAGCAGCAGGAGCAGGAGGAAGCUGACCAGCUGCAGCAGCAGAUAUCGCUCCAGGAGAGGCGCUGGAGGAGGCUGAGAGAGGAGGAGGAGGCACAACGCAGAGAGAAGCUGCAGGCUGCUCUGAAGGAGGCGCAGGAGCGUAAACAGCAUCAGGAGAGGAUGCAGAGGGAGAGAGUGGAGAUGGAGAGAGGCCAGCGAGAGAAGGAGAAGGAGGCAGCAGUACAUAGGAAGGAGAGGGCUUGGAGGAGCAAAGCGCUGCAGGAGCAGAGGAGGCAGGAAAGGCUGCAGGAGGAGAGUCACAGAGAGACGCUGCGACACGUCUUCCUGAAGAAACACAUGGAGCAGCAGAUGGAGGAGGAGCAAUCCCAGAGAAGGAGCAAGCAUGAGAAGAAGCAGCAGCGCUCCUCUGAGAAACGGAGGCGCGCUGCUGAGGAGCAGCUGCAGCUCCUCCAGCGGCGCGCCUCCGCCCACAAGGUCCAGAUCCAAAGAGCUCAGACCAGAACCAACCUGCUGAAGGUCCAGGAGGAGACGCACAAGCAGAGCCUCCUGCAGCAGAGCCAGCGCCACACGCAGAGAGCGGCCAAUCACGCGUCAGCGCUGCUCAGCAGCAGGACGCUGCAGACGCGCCAACGCCGCACGCUCAGAACGGCACGCCACCGCGCCCUCAGGGAGGAGAUCCACCGGCAGGAGGAGGCUGCACGGACCAUCCGAGAGGAGCAGCUCUCCAUGAAGGAGGGGAGGAGGCAGAGGCUGCAGAGGGGGAGAGAGCUGCUCCUCCAGGAGGCGCAGAGGCUGGCCAUGGCCUCCUUUCAGCUGAGGGAGCAGGUCAGGCAGGAGACAGACCGCCGCUCCUUUGACCAAAUGGAGAAGGAGGCGCAGCUGGUCGCCUCCAUCCACAGACUGACACUGCUCUGAGCCACCGACACCUCCUGCAGCGCAGGGAGGAGAUCCUCCCAGCCUGGAGAGAGGAGGACCUCCAGCCUGGAGGGAGG